ACCCAUUCAAAGCGAUGCCAGCAGAAGACAUGCAGCGCCGCCCAUGAGCGCGAGCGAUACAGUUAAACAGAUUAUUUCAACUGGAUCCCGCCACGGUCCGUUAAUAAUAAUUUGCUAACUCGGAAUGAACGGUGACUAUUGCUCGUCUGACGGCUGAAAAUAAAUCAGCACAUAUCCGGAUUGUUAUAGCGCAAAAAAACAAAAUAGCAAACGUCCUCACAGGGUAUGCUGAUUUGUCCUCUGGAGGGGCAACAGAAGGCUCCAUAAAAUGACCCAAUCAGUGCACAUAUCCUCCAAACUGCCAAAUCUGAGUGCCCCUUUUCAUUGCUCUAAUGAGGAAGAAACAGAUCAAGGUGGCUCCUAUUCUGUACAGACACCCUACGGAUUCCAACUGGACCUUGAUUUUCUCAAGUAUGUUGAAGAAAUCGAGAGUGGACACAGCAUUCGUAGAGCUAAUGUGAACCCUCGGAGGGGAUCUCGGGGUGACCGUGGGCGGAAUUUGGGUAUUGGGGGUCGGACCAGUGGCUGGACAUCCACUGAGUCCCUUUCCUCAACAACCAGUGAGAAUGGCCAGACUAGCCAACCUUUUCUCCAGAGCCCAAUUACAUCACCUAGUAAAUCACAUCCACUUUCCCCAUUACCAGUUAUCAGUCCCAGUCAACCUACUUGGUCCAAAGUGCCACCACCACCUCCACCACGCAACCCUAGGGUAGAGAGAACACUUCUUGAAACUAGCCUUCGUCUGCAACAGGAGCAGAGUCAGUUUUCAAAUGGUUUAGGCUCUAAUUUGUCCGACCUUUCCAAAGUGAGUUCCAAAGCCAGUGGAUCUAAUAGGGACUUCUCUGUAGCUUCUUCCCAGCUUGCUUCAGAUGCUCACUUGCUACAGAUAUCACCUGUUGUGCAGACCCCCCUCUCUGGGAUCUGGACCAGAGCCAGUCCUCAGACAUCUGGAAGGAGCACUCCAGCCUCCAACUCAGGAACAUUGCCUCCUGGGCAGCUUCAGACAGUGCGAGAACAGAUGGCCACUGCCCUUAGGCAGCUGAGAGAGAUGGAAGAGAAAGUGAAAGGAGUACCAGCUCUAGAAAGAGAAGUUGCCAUGCUCCGUGCAGAAAAGGAAAGGUUGGCUCUGGAACUUCGAAAGAAAACAGAAGAACUUGAUACAACGCUCAAAAUGCAAGUCUCCACUGAGGCAGUAGUGGGAGCCUUUCAACCAGGACCCCUACCAUCGCCAUCACUUUGGAAUAAAAGGCCAGAAUGCAAAAGUGAUGAACAAGACAAAAAGGAAAUAAGGAAACUAACCACUACUCCUGUAGAAAAAAGAUCCAUAUCAGUAGGUAGUGACAUUCCUCUUGAGGCUGUGGUAGUCUUCAAUCGUCAAGCACUCAAGGAUGCUGCUGUCGAAACUACUAUUGAUGUUUGUCAUGCAGCUAUUGAGACUGAGGCUAGUGUCAUGCAUGAUGAGGGAAUUCAGACUGGAGUGGAUACAGAAGAUGUGGCAGUCUGGGUAAUAGAAUCAUUUCUAGGGUUAAAAAGUGAGACAGAACGAGAAAUUGAUACCCUGCAACACACUAUCAAAUUUCAACAGGAGUCAAUCCAGGUUCUUGAGACACAAUUAACUCAGGUCAACCAAGAUCUUGAAGCUUUAAGGGCUCAGGAAAUUGAGAGGACAUCCAAGAUUAUGUUGGACAAAGAGACAAUAGCGAAACCAGAGACAGUCAAUGCCCAAAUGGAAACAUGUCCUGCUGAAGUUUGUUCAGUUGGAGUGUUGUUUCCAGAUGUGACUGACCCGGAGUACAUUUCAAAAAAUGACCAAAGCAUUCAAACAGAUCCUGUGGAAACUUCAAAGGAAAAAAACGUGGCGCUAGUAAGCAUUGGUAUCCAGUGGGAAUCUCCCUGUGUCACAGAUAUACAAGACAGUGAAGAACAGACAACUUCUGCAGAGACUGCAGGCCCUCUGAAAUCUAUCAUGAAGAGGAAGGAUGGGAGUGGCGCUGGUGCAGUUUCCAGUGGUGGCAAAAAGAGCUUGAAGUUUGUUGGAAUUCUAAAUGGAGGGUAUGAGUCGACCUCUAGUGAAGAGGAUGAAGAAGAGGAUGAAGAGAGUUCCUCUGAUGGAAGUGAGGCUGGUGCAUGUUCAGACAGCAGCGUGGAAGAAGAGGCAGCUCUAGAGGAUACAUCUGAAGAAGAGAUGAAUAUAAAUGUGGAUGAAACUGAUAGUGAUGAAAACAUGCCAGCUGGGACUGAAGAUUUAAAGGAUCAGGCAGAGGAAGUAAAGGAAAAGUUUGAACUAAGUGCCAAAAUGCGUGAAGCUUGUCUAAUUUUGAAGAACCACCUUAAUGACGGAGCCAAAUCAGUAAAGAGUAAAGAAGUGUUGUCCAGCACUCAUACCGUUCAAUUGGAGUGGUUCCGAGUAUCCAGUGCAAAGAUGGCCCAGCCAUUACGUGUGUCAAAUUACCUGAUGGCUUUCUCAGAGGUCUCCCCCAUCCUGCUGGAACACGUAGUCAACAUGACUGACGGCAAUGGCAACACUGCUUUACACUACAGCGUCUCCCAUUCAAACUUCACUGUUGUGGACCUGCUGCUUGACACAGGCAUGUGCAAUGUUGAUCAGCAGAAUAAAGCCGGAUAUACAGCUGUGAUGCUGGCAGCCCUUUCAGCAGUGAAGGAAGAGGACGACAUGGCAGUGGUCCAGAAACUCUUCCGUCUGGGCAAUGUCAAUGCCAAGGCGAGCCAAGCAGGACAGACGGCUUUGAUGCUGGCCGUGAGUCAUGGGCGGCAGGAGAUGGUGCGCGCACUGCUUGAAUGUGGUGCUAAUGUGAACAUCCAAGAUGACGAGGGGUCCACUGCUCUGAUGUGUGCAAGUGAACACGGUCGAGCUGAGAUUGUCUCCUUGCUGCUGGAGCAGCCGGGGUGUGACAUUUCGGUUGUGGACAAUGAUGGGAGUAAUGCUCUCUCCAUUGCCCUGGAGGCAUCCCACAAUGAUAUUGCAGUUCUACUUUAUGCCCACAUGAACUACUCAAAAACGCAAGCGGAAGUGUCACCUAAAGCAAACCCCCGGGUCCCGUCCAGUCCUAGAAAAACAUGGCCCUCAGAGUGACAUAAGUACAUUAAGUACUUAAGUACAAAAUGGAUAGAAAAACAAGAUUAUCUACUUACUGGAAGAUUAACAAUGUCUAUGUUACAAGUUUAUAUAUAUAAAUAUAUUGUAUUCUCUGAAUACUUUUUUAUCCACAUAUUUAAUGCACUAUACUGCAACAUUACUAUGUAAAAUAUUAUAAACAUUAAUGCAGGUAAGAUCAAGAAUUUUACUUUUAAUCUUCAACAGGUGUAUUUACUAUAGUAAAAUUAUUGUACUACCAUGAUAUCAGUGUUUAAAUAAGGAAAUAAGGUAUUUGGGAUGAUCGCAGCUUAGCUGUAAUGUUAUUGUGAUUACAUAGUUCACAAACUGAACAUUUGUUUUGAUUAGCGGUUUAAUGUUUGGCUCUGCUCAGAAAUACUCAAGUGCAAAUUAUGAUGUAUAACGUGUCCUGUUGUUCAGAUAUGAGCAGGAAGCAUUGGAGCAGAUUAGGGUGAAUCCUUUAUUCUACUUUUGAGAAACUCAACCCCUCAAUAAUCAUUAAUCACACUCAUUGUGGCUUCAUAACGCAGGCAACCUGUGACCCUGUAAUUACAUGCUGUUUGAAAAAAGGCAGCAACAAACACCUACAUGGACUCCACCCUUGUUUUCUACCACCGUUCUGCGUUUAUUUUUAUCCUCCAAUCUAAUUGGAAUAACAAGCCAUUACAUAUGUAGUCUGUCAUGUCUGGAUCUGAUGGUGGUAUUUUUGUUCCCUUGUGAUCUGUUCUUUGAACUGAAAGGACAUCGUCUGACUUUUAAAAAGAGAAACAUUUGCCUUCUAGUAAUCUUGACCAAUCACAGAAAAGUUAAACAGAAUUGGACUUAAAACUAAAAGAAUGAAAUCAGCCAAGAAUAAAUCCAAAACAUAUUUAGACAAAUCAAAAAAAGUGGUAUUUGAAAGAAAAAUAGCACUUUUCAGAUCUUAAGUUUGAAAUCAUGACACUGUGGUAAUAGGACACAUUUAUAGACAUUGUUAAUAUGAUUAACUAGUCUGUGGACACUUGCGCAAGAUUUCUUUUCCAUUUAGAAUUAUUUGCUCGGUUCAUUAACGUCAAUACACUGAUAACUGAACUCAGCACUUUACGCAAAUUAAGAAACCAGGUGUUGAGUUAAAUACCUGUAAAAUCUUAAACUUAACUAGAAUGUUUACUGUAGAUUUCAAAUACAAUCUUUCAUUUUGUCCAAAGAUGCUGCAGCAGCAAUGCAAGCAGGCAAACGUCCUUUAGUUGCUCAUUUAAACAUAUUCUGAUGUAUUCAAUUGUACUUUUUUUUUUACCAUACAUUUACAAGUAUGGUUUUGUAUCAUUUUAUGUCUGUCAGUAUUUUGUUUAUUGUCUAUUGCUAUGGUAUCUAUGCUUUGUUUAAAUGAUUGUAUCAUGAUAUGCAGCUUUUGCUAUUUAAGUUAGCAUUUUUUUUUUUUUUUUUAAAUGUAUAAUUAAAGGAAAAUUAUUUAAUGCCAUGCAGUUACUUAUUAAAAGAAUGCACCUACA